CAGACCAAAUGUUCCUCCUGAAGAGAGGUCUACUAGAGCACAUCCUGUUUUGCAUCAUAGACAGCGGCUGUACGUCUCGAGACGUCCUGCAGAGCUACUUUGAUCUGCUGGGAGAGCUCAUGAAGUUCAACAUUGAUGCCUUCAAAAGAUUCAACAAAUAUGUCAACACACCAGAAAAAUUUCAGACCUUCCUGACGCAGAUCAACAGCUCUCUGGUGGACUCCAACAUGCUGGUGCGCUGCAUCACCCUCUCAUUGGACCGCUUCGAGAGCCAGACUGAAGAUGUCAAAGUGGUGGAGGUGCUCUCUGAAUGCUGUCUGCUGUCCUACAUGGCCAAGGUUGAGAACAGGCUGGCCUUCCUCUUUCGACUCGUCAACAUCAUCAACGUACAGACGCUCACACAG